CAUGAUAUGACACUGUGUAAUUUCAGUUUGACCUCACCAGCAAAUGUGUCGUUUAUAUUCUAGUUUCCACAUCUUGCUCUCAAUUUUGUCAGAGUUACCUACAUACUCACUUUCCUCCAUUCAUCUGCGUGCAUAGUGAAUCUCGCCGGUGCUCUACACUGUUUGUGAGUUGUGACCUAAUGCGGUGUAGCAAAAAAAUGUGAAAUACAUAAUCUUUAUGCUAAAAAAGAGAGAUGGAAUUCAAUUGCAGCAAUUGAACUCUCUUAUGAAAACUACUUCAACUCGAGGUUUUCAUAGACUUAUAUGCAUAAUAUAUUGAAUUCAAGCUCAUUUCCUAAGUUUCCCAAAGACAUGUGCUCAGCAUGCUUUCGGCAGAAAUGAAGAACUGGCAGAGCACACAAGAAUUACAGUCCCCAGCUAAAGCUUCUCAUGAUUCACAGAGUGAAUGUCCAAACAAUCACACAACUGAUGCACCUAUCACAGACUCAGCUUCAGCAUCUGCUUCAAGCAAUGAUAGCAAAAAAAUUUCACGGCAGGAUAUUGAGCUUGUACAAAAUUUAAUAGAAAGGUGCCUACAAUUAUAUAUGAAUAAAGAUGAAGUGGUCAAAACACUCUUGACACGGGCAAAGAUAGAUCCUGGAUUUACAACUCUGGUAUGGCAGAAGUUGGAGGAGGAGAACACUGGUUUCUUUAGAGCCUACUACAUCAGGCUAAAAUUGAAAAGGCAAAUACUUUUGUUCAAUCAUUUGCUUGAGAAUCAGUAUCAUCUGAUGAACUAUACCUUGCCUAUGAAGAUUCCUUUGGCUCCCAUACAGAAUGGAGCCCAUCCAAUGCCUGUCAACAACCUACCUAUGGGAUACCCCGUGCUACAGCAGCCUUCCAUCCCAGCAACUGGUCUACCACAUCUUGACUCCAUGGGUAGUGGUAUAUCAAAUUGCCAUGUGGUUAAUGGAGUCCCUGCACCAAACAACUUCCAUCCAAUUAGGACAAGAUCUGGGAAUGGUGCAAUGUCAUCCUUGUCAGAAAUGCCUGUUAGUCCGCAAUCAGUAGCUUCCAGUGGCCAUUUCCCUUUCACUCCUCCAGAAAUAUCAGGAAUCGGCACAGAUACAUCUGUCCUUGAUACAGUAUUUACAUCUGAUGUGACAAGCUCUUUAGGACUGCAACUUGCACCAGAUAAUGGCACAGGGAUUUCCAGAUCACUUGAUCAAAUUCAGUGGAAUUUUAGCUUAUCUGAUUUAACAGAAGAUUUGUCAAACUUGGGAGAUCUAGGAGCUCUAGGAAACUAUCCUGGUUCACCAUUUAUGCAUUCCGAUUCAAAUAUUUUGCUUGAAUCAUCAGAUCAAAAGGACAUAGUGGAUGACUUCUUUGUUAAUACAGAGCCCCCAGAUUCUCAGUCUGACGAUGAGGGAUCUUAAGUGAAGUUGAAGCUAGUUAUGUUCCACAUUAAAAUUGUUAGGUUUGGUAAAAUUAUGACUAAUAAUUAUAAAUGUGUUAUCUAGAUUGCACGGCGUAUGUAGGCAGCCUGAUGUGUAAAACCAGCGCGAUGAUGGAAAACUUAAAUUGAUAGCUGAAGUAGUAAUCUUUAGAAUGUUAUUUUUAAUUUUUUUGAGAAACUGCUAUUUGCAAAUAUUGGGUGGUGCGUUUAGAAUGUAAUGGAUGCAUUGGGAUAUAUAUUGGUUGAUUCACAUUACAUUACUAUUCUACAAAAUAGAUAGAACUAUUAUUAUUCUUCAUGAAGAAUAAAUUUAUUUUGUUGGA